AUGACGCCCAAAUCUGCCAAGUCCGACAAGUCGAAAUCCGUGAGAUCGGUCCUUAUUCAGCCGGUCCCUGAGAAGCGCGGUUAUGAGUUCGGUGGACCACUAGGAGCUGCCGGAAUCGUCUUCGGUCUCCCCAUCCUCGUCUAUGUCUUCACCUUUGUCUGCAACGAUGUGUCGGGCUGCCCCGCGCCGGGGCUUCUGAGCCCCCCGACCCUAACCCUCGAUCAGUUGAAGAGCGAGGUGGGAUGGCCCGAGGAGGGAGUGGCAGGGCUCUUCAGUAUUGAAGCGACCCUCUGGACUCUCAGCUACUAUCUCUUCAGUCUGUUCUUGCAGGUGUUCCUCCCCGGCCAGGUGGUCGAGGGUGUCACUCUGGCAUGCGGAGGCCGACACAAGUACAAGCUCAACGCCUUCCCCUCUGCUCUCGUCAUUCUCGGCGGCUUGGCUGCGGGGACCUACAUGGACGGAGCGGAAUUCGUGGUUUGGACCUUCUUGUGGGACAACUACAUCCAGGUCAUCACCGCCAACCUCCUCAUCGCCUCGGUGAUCGCCAUAUUUGUCUACAUUCGCAGCUUCUCCGUUCCUAAAGCUGGCAAGCCGAAUCCGGAGCUGCGGGAGUUGGCGCCCGGUGGUCACACUGGCAACCCACUGUACGACUUCUUUAUCGGCCGCGAACUCAACCCCCGUAUCCGCCUACCCAUUCCUUUCGUCGAUGAAGCGUCGCGUACAAUCGAUAUCAAGUUGUUCAUGGAAUUGAGACCUGGCCUGCUGGGAUGGACCAUUCUGAACCUCUCCAAUGUGGCCCACCAGUAUCGAACCUAUGGCUACGUGACCGACUCAAUCAUUCUGGUUACCAUCUUCCAAGGAUUCUACAUCCUGGACGCAGUCUACAUGGAGCCAGCUGUCAUGACUACCAUGGACAUCAUCAUGGAUGGAUUCGGCUUCAUGCUGUCUUUCGGCGACGUAGUGUGGGUCCCCCACGUGUACAGUAUCCAGAGCCGGUAUCUCGCCGUCUUCCCUCUUCAACUGGGGUGGACUGGAAUCGCGCUCGUGCUGGGUGUCACUGCUGUUGGAUACUUCAUCUUCCGCGGUGCCAACAACCAGAAGAACCGAUUCCGCACCGACCCAAAUGAUCCCCGCGUGAAGCACAUCAAGUACAUCGAGACCGCCUCUGGCUCGAGGUUGAUGACCUCCGGAUGGUGGGGUCUAGCGCGUCACAUCAACUACCUCGGCGACUGGGUCAUGUCGUGGGCUUAUUGCUUGCCCACUGGCAUCGCGGGCUAUGCCAUGAUUGAGGGCAUCAGCCCAGUCACUGGCAGACUUGAGAAGCAGGCUGUUCAGACCCCCGAGACUCGUGGCUGGGGCAUGAUUUUCACCUACUUCUACAUGCUCUACUUUGGUGUCCUGCUAAUUCACCGCGAGAUGCGCGACGAGGAAAAGUGCAAAAAGAAGUACGGAGCUGACUGGGACCGCUACACCUCCAUGGUCCGUAGCAAGAUCAUUCCUGGUAUCUACUGA